CAACCGUCAACUCAAGCUUGCGAAAAUCCAGAGCUAUGCUGAAGUUGUCCACGACUGUGGAGAGACGACAGAGAAGAGCUGAGCGAAGUUGCUGGUUCGAGGGCGGUCGCUCCGACGACUUCUGGAAAAAUUUAUCCAGUGGGAAACUGUCUGCAGGUGAAUGGAAGAAGAACUUCCGCAUGGACGAGCAAUCAUUCAAUGAAUUGGUUCAAGAACUGGAACCCUACAUCUCUCCCUUGUCUGCAUCACCGAAUUAUAGAAAACUGUCAGCUGAUGUCAAGCUUGCCAUCACUCUGUACUACCUCGCAGAUACGGGGUCGUUCAAGCAAACCGCCAACACCUUUGGUGUUUCUCGUCCAACGCUCUCGGUAGUGCUUAACGACGUCUGCAGAGCAAUUGUUGUCCACCUCGGACCAAAAUUAAUCAGACUUCCCUCAUCCCUGGAAGACAUGAACCGCAAAGUUGCAGAGUUUGAGGCUUUCAGUGGCAUGAAACAAGCGUUUGGUUGCAUCGACGGCACUCAUAUUCCUAUUUUACGACCCAGAGAUAAUGCGCAAGACUACUUCUGUUAUAAACAGUUCUUCUCCCUUAACGUCCAAGCUGUGUGCGAUACCCGAGGGCGUUUCAUGGAUGUAGACUGCCGUUGGCCUGGUUCUGUACACGACAGCAAAGUGUUCGCCAACUCCUGCAUUGGCCAUAAGUUAAGAAACGGCAUGCUGCCUGGCCAAGCAAAGAGAAUUGUAGAUACACGACCCACCGUUACUCCAUACAUCAUUGGGGAUCCAGCCUAUCCACUCACACCAUAUUGCAUUAGGGAGUACACCUCGUGCCAGAACAAUGAACAAGUUCUCUUUAACACCAUGCUUCGUGCUGCUCGCAACCCCGUAGAAUGUGCUUUUGGCAGACUGAAGGCUCGGUGGCAAAUACUCACACGGAGGGUCAAUGUGAAUAUGAACUUUGCUCCAAAUCUGAUUUACUCAUGUUUUGUGUUGCAUAAUUUUUGUGAAUCCCGCAAUUGUUGCCAUAUUGAUCAAGAGGCUGUUGAAGCGCAGUUGAGGCAUAACCUUAUCGAGGAUACCCUAGCCCCUAGGAAUGCAGACCCAGUCUACUCGGCAGAGACAGGCGAAGGGUAGACAGCAAGAGAAGUUCUGUGCGAAUAUUUGUCGUUGCAAAGGACACCCAGCUGCUAGUGCUCUGGACCAUCCUCUGGCCAUUCUUUGGGCUCUUUUGCUCUUUUCCGCGUUUCCCAUUGAUUGAGUUGUUUUCAUCUGCCUUCUUUUACUUGUGUUUCGUUGGGUUGAGUUGCGUCUUCUAUCCCUUUCUCACGAUAAUGUUCUCACAAC